CUCACUCCCAACUGGAAUCGUUCUACGUACAAUAUCCUCAGAUAAACCGCCAUUUCACGACGCUUUGCGGCCCAGGAUUCCAGCAUUGUUGUCGCCUGAGUACCGUUCCGCCCACCGCGCUGCCUUGGCGCACCAACAAGCCGCAGUCCGGCCACCCCCGCCAUCAUUUCCGCGAUCGCAUUUGACCACUCUCCCAACUCACGACCCAGCCCCUCUCCGCUUCGGCAGCCCGGUCGCCCACCAUGUCGAAGGUAAUGCGAAGCGUCAAAAAUGUUACCAAGGGGUACUCAGCCGUGCAGGUCAAGGUUCGGGAAGCCACCAGCAACGAUAAUUGGGGUCCCACGGGGAGUCAGAUGGCCGAGAUCGCAGCUGCCACCUUUAACACGUCUACUGAACUGUGGGAUCUUCUCGAAGUGAUCGACAAACGUCUGAAUGACAAGGGGAAGAACUGGCGACACGUUCUCAAGUCUCUCAAAGUUCUGGACUACUGCCUCCACGAGGGAUCCGAGCUCGUGGUCACUUGGGCGCGACAAAACAUAUACCUCAUUAAGACGCUCCGCGAGUUCCAGUAUGUCGAGGAGGACGGUCGUGACGUUGGCCAGAAUGUUCGAGUCGCAGCCAAGGAACUCACCUCCCUGAUUCUCGACGAGGAACGCUUGCGGGCAGAGCGGGGUGAUCGAAAGUCUUGGAAGUCCCGUGUGACGGGGCUGGACGAGUUCGGGCCACAGUCAUCCGAGCCUUCUCAGCCGCGGCAGCGAAACCGAGAGAGACGACCAGCCAACGAUGAAGAGGACGCCGAGUAUCGUCUAGCACUCGAGGCCAGCAAGUUUCAGGAGGAAGAGGACAGAAGAAAGAGAGAAGGCCGACACAAUGACGAAGAUGACGACGACGAUCUGGCCAAGGCCAUUAAACUGAGCAAGGAAGAAGAGGAAAGGCGACGUCGCGAGCUCGAGGACAGCAACGCAAACUCGCUGUUCGAUGACGAGCCCGCGCAGAGUGCGACUCAGUCGCAGUAUACAGGCUUCAACCAGGGGUAUCAGCAAGGCAACCCUGUCGACUUUUUCGCCAAUCCAAUCGACCAGAGCCAGAUGCAAACGCAGCCUACGGGCUUCCUGCCGAACGCAUACACCGGCUUUCAGCAGACCCAACCGACUGGAUUCCAACCCAAUUAUAAUGCUUUUGGGAUGCAGCCGGGCGUAGGAGUAGACCCUUAUGGACAGCAGCAACAAAACUUGCAGGCAUUCCAGCCUCAACCGACAGGAUUCAAUCCUUAUGCCCAGCAACAACAAGCGCAGCAACCACAACUCCAAUCCCCCUCACCCUCCGAGCCUGUCCUCCAACCAGGCAGCAAUAACCCUUGGGCGACGAAGAGCCAACAGCAGGCUAUCGCACCAACACCGACUGGAUCAAACAACCCCUUUGCACAAUUCAAUCGUCCACAGUCGGCCCGGCCCAUGGCAUCGUCACUCAGUCCUCUACCGGAGCAGAAGUCCCUGUCAGCAUUUAAUCAGCCGCAACAACAGCCCCUGCUCCAGCAGCAGCAGCAGUCUUCGUUCAACAGUCCACAGAAGAACAUGAACGAAUACGAAACAAAGCUCAACUCUCUGCUUGCAACUGGGGAUGGUAUGGACACAUACGGUAACACUGGAGAGCUGCGGAUUCCAGCUCAACACACGGCACCUGGCACUUUUGCCAAUAGUGCUGGCUCUGGCGUCCAAAGGCUCAACUCGGAUGCCACGGGAACCAAUCCAUUUAUGCGCCAGCAGUUUACUGGCUUACCCAACAUUAGUUAUGGGAGCCAGCCGACAGGGCCUGCCAGCCUAAACGGGAAUGUUAACCCAUUUGGAGCUCAACGGCCACAGCAGCAGACGCAAAAUCAAGACCUCAUUCAGUUUUGAAAGGCAGGAGCGUGAAGCCAGAGCCUCCAAAGUUUUCCCCCUUCGACUUCUUCACAAAGUCUUGUUUCGUCCACCCGAGCUCCCCUUCGCUAUUUGUUUCUCGAAUACGGUUAUCUAACGGGACCAAGAUUGCUGGUUGUCCUGUCCGACCUGCACAUUUUCUUUGUCGUUUGACGCCAAUUUCCAUGAGGCGGUGGACCCGGUGGAUACGCUGUAACUACCUUACGGCAGCUUUGAUUUUCUCGCAUACGUGCGGUUUGCGUGGUAAGGCCAUGUAAAGUGACACCGUCGCAUUCAAUUACCUAGAUAUGGUACAUCUCUGAACAUCCAAAACCUAUUCACCUGCCGCGUGGUAUCCGACGCCCCUCAAAAAGUCAAGGCCUUCUACCUCUGGUUGAUUCAAACAUUGAUCGCACCAAAAACGCCUUGCCUUGCCCACCCCGGGAAACAGAAACUCCUUCACCUCCGUCGCAGCGCCAGCAGGCGCAGUUGGGGCAUUGAAGACGGGCCUUAUAACGUCCUUUUCAACCUCUCCCGACCAGCAGUACCCUUGUAGUAUACCCUGCGUGUAUAUCGAACGAGGCGCUGCCAGAGUCUGAGUAGUAGAACUCGGCGAAGCGACAUGCAGCGACGCUGAAAUAGCCAGCGGCGCUAGGCGGCCAUGAUCGAGGUUUCCAGGCCAACUAGACUGAACUUUCCAACGAACUUGCGCUGCUUAGCCUGCCUCUUCCAUCAUCU